GUAGCAAACCAAAUACCACAAACUCCUAAACAAAUAGUAAAAACAAACCAAAAAUCAAAAUUUAUACCAGCAAAUAUAGAAGAAAAUGAAGACACUGAAAGACAAAAAAAUCAAAAAAAGAUAAACAUAAAGCUCAGAAUAUAG